CAGACGGCAGCCAAUCACAGAGCAGGACAGCAACAGACAGCUGCGGGGGACCACCAUUGUCCACAGGAGUAUCACAGGACCAGCCAUGACAGGACCAAGAGGCCCCAUCGGGCAGCUUCACACACCCAGGAUAAGAGCCCUGUCGUUGGGCACUCUAUGUCGGAUUCCCCCCCUGAUCCCUCCAUCCCAGUGGUGGAUCCCAAGCUCUUCACCAAGAGACGUUACCGCUCCUCGCCCCGUGUUGUCUUCAGCGAGGUGGCCCCAUCACAUGAUGCCCUGGAAGGUGAGGGCUAUGACAUUGAAGGGGUAAGGGGGGUGAGGGUAAGGCGCAGAGCAGGAUCGCGCAUCAUGCACCGAGGAGAGUACUCGGUAUGUGAAAGCAUAAAUACCUGGGUGGGCAACUUGACACGAGCAAUAGACAUGGGUGAGAAUGAGGUGACAGUGCUGCCCAACGUUACAAUCAACAACGUGGUGAAGAGACAGUUCUUCUAUGAGACCACCUGCCGUUCCCCUACGCACAGAGGCUCCGGGACUGCAAAUGGGGGACGGACAGGGGGACGGGGUGGAAAACAGGGUCCAAGAUCUGGCAACUCGGGCUGUCUCGGCAUUGACAGUCGCCAUUGGAACUCCUACUGCACCAACACACACAUAUUCGUAAGCGCCCUGACCAUCUUCAAGGAACGGACAGCCUGGCGUUACAUCCGCAUCAACGCUGCAUGUGUGUGUGUUCUCAGCCGGAAGUCUUGGGCGGGACGUCUGGGGCACUGACCGGGGAGGACGACUCCUGACCACUUAAAGGACAAUUCUGGCGCAAAAUGAACCUAGGGGUUAAUAACAAAUGUGUACCGAGUCGAUCAUUCACUGGGAUAUGUUUUCAUGCUAAUCAAAUGUGUCUCUAGGUUGAAACAAGCUGCUAAAGCUAGCUUUCGGGGCAGAGGGUGAAUCGCUAUUUUAUACCACUAACAAGGCUAAAAAUAUCACCACACUUCAAUGGUAGCAUAAUGAGGGUCC